AAUCAGUUGUGUAAGAGACUAUAUUCGUCUCUACAGAAAAUAAUGUACUCUUUAUAUUGCGGGGAGAGAGAAGACGAAGAGAGCUGAAAUCGUUUUGAUCGGAGAUAAUCCUUGUGUGUCUUGAGCUAGCUUCUGCUCGAGAUCUGACCUAGCUCUGGCUCCUCUCGGUAGCUACAGAGUGAAAGAGAGUUCUACCACAAGGGCUUUUUUUAAAAUGGAAGACGAUGAUGGCUCUCCUUCUUCUCCCGAUUUGGAUGCACAGAGCCCUUACGACCGUUUGCUUGCUCUAACUCCAAGCUCCGCUGAUUCAAAUUGUAACUUGGAUUCGGUUUCCGCCGUUUAUCUAGCGAUGAAGAGCUCGAAGCUGGAGUGUGUCGAAGAGCGUGGCCAAGAUUGCCUUAUCACCUCCGUAUGCAACGUGGAGGAUGAAGAGGAUGAAGAGUUCGAUGAGUUCGAUCCUUAUCUCUUCAUCAAGAACCUGCCCAACUUGUCUUCUGUUGUCCCUACUUUCAGACCCGUCUUGCUUCCUAAACAGACCCGAAGCUGCCCUCCUAUCUCCCUCGUCCUAGACCUCGAUGAAACUCUUGUGCACUCUAGUCUAGAACCGUGUGGGGAGGUGGAUUUCACAUUCCCUGUACAUUUUAAUGAAGAGGAGCAUAUGGUGUAUGUGCGGUGCCGUCCUCACCUGAAAGAGUUUAUGGAGAGAGUGUCUCGUCUCUUUGAGAUCAUUAUAUUUACCGCUAGCCAAAGUAUCUACGCCGAGCAGCUUCUGAACGUGCUUGACCCUAAGAGGAAGCUUUUUCGCCAUAGAGUGUACCGUGACUCGUGUGUUUUCUUCGACGGUAACUACCUUAAGGAUUUGUCUGUCCUCGGGCGUGAUUUGUCUCGUGUUAUCAUCGUCGAUAACUCCCCACAGGCGUUUGGGUUCCAAGUGGAGAAUGGGGUGCCAAUAGAGAGCUGGUUUGAUGACCCGUCAGAUAAAGAGCUCCUUCACUUGCUGCCGUUUCUAGAAAGCUUAGUAGGAGCAGAUGAUGUAAGGCCGAUGAUUGCCAAGAAAUUCAAUCUAAGGGAAAAGAUUGAUGCAGCUGUAGCUGCACCUGAGUAUCCUGCUGAGGCUGGAGAUCCUUUCGAAAGACAGAACAGCGCAAUGGAGUUCAGAAUCCGACUAACCACAGCAUUCACGUGGUGCCUUCUCAUCGCGUCAGCAUGCGUUCUAACCACAACAUCAGCAGCCCGGUUCGAAGUAAGAAACGAGAUCACAAAACACCAGGGACGAAACCGAAGCCUCACCGUCACCUGCUGGUCGACUACUAACAAAUUAGGCAUUCAAAAUCUCAAACCGGGAGAAUCCAAAAGCUGGUCCUUCAAGCCAGUGUACAUCAAGAUACCGUUCCUCUACACACACUUCCAGUGCACCUUCUUCACCUCUUUUGGCUCGCCUAAUGGCCAGACCGCAACGGUUUUUGCAGGCGAGAGAAAGUUCAGGUGGCAGUGCGAUAAUCCGAAUGAGGAAGAGUGUAUUUGGGUGGUGAAGAGAGAAGGGCUAUAUCUUAGGAAGAUCUCAAGGGAUGGUAAAGGACAAAGGCUCUAUGAAGAUGAUUUGAAACUGUCUUGGAUCGGUGGUACUAACUACUAUCCGGUUAAAUAGCAUCCAUCC